AUGAAGAAGAAACACUGUGAUGAACUUAGUCUGCUGAGACGGGAAUUGAAUGAUGUGAAAACCAUAAGUAGUGCUGGCAUGGAAAAUAUACUUACUGAGGUUCAUGAACGCGCAAUACGUUCAAAUAAUCUGAUGCUGUUCAAUGUUGAAGAAUCGAAGGCUGAAGGUAUAGAAGCUGACGACAAAAAAAUUGCUAUUCAAGUACUUGAAUCUAUUGACGUUGACAGCAAUGAUCUAACUAAAGUGAUCCGCAUAGGUCGACAAGGUAAUAAACCCAGGCCUAUCAAGAUUAUGUUGUCAAACUCAAAUGCAGUUGGUCAUGCUCUGAAACUCAAAAAUAGAUUGCUUAAUACAAAAUUCAGAAUCGCUUCAGACAGAACCAAAAUACAGCAAGAACAAAUGAAAAAAGUACAGGAUGAGUUAAAGCAACGCCGGGAUUGA